UGACUGAUGAGAUAGAUAUUGAAGAGUUGAAAAUGAGAGAGGGAUGCAAAAAAGAAAUGGGAAAGGAGCACAAAUAGAAGAAAGUGUAGGGUUAUUUUGUAAAAAGAAAGAAAAGAAAAGGAUUGGGGAGCCCUUAGUUUGGCGCUUUCGGCGCUCCCCGGUGGAAGCCACUGCGAAUGCCAUCAAACCUUUGAAUCAUUCUUCACUCGUUUUUCUUUCUCUCUCUCUCUCUCUCAAAACUUCAAAUUCAAAAUUCCAAUCCAAAUACCUCGGGAGUCGGAAAAUCAGAUCCAAAUCCCUCCUCCUCCGUCGAGCCAUUGCCAUUUCUAGAAUGGAGGGGCAACCAUGAAUACUGAAUGUGAAUGCGCGUUCUCUUCUUCAAUCUCCAUCUAGAUUCCGAUUCCGAUUCCGAUUUUGUUAUUCCGCUUCAGAUUCAUGGGGAUUUGUUUCAGCAUUGAAGAUCAAAAGCAUCACUCCAUCUCCGAUUCGAGUUCUAAGCCUCGGCCUCAAGGAUAUGAAUCUGCAUCGUCGACGACUCCGCUGAGUUCGAUGAAUAUCAAAGAUCUGCGGCAGAGUGCUGGAUACUGCAAUGUUGAUAUAUUCACGUACGAGGAGCUGAGGCUAGCGACAAAGUACUUCCGCCCUGACUUGAUUCUUGGAGAAGGUGGCUUCGGAGUGGUGUAUAAAGGUGUCAUUGAUGAUAGUGUGAGGCCAGGCUUCAAGCCCACUCAAGUCGCCAUCAAGGAGCUUAAUCGUGAAGGAUUUCAAGGCGAUAGGGAAUGGCUCGCUGAAGUUAACUACUUAGGUCAAUUCAGUCACCCAAAUCUUGUAAAGCUCAUUGGAUACUGCUGUGAGGAUGAACACCGGUUAUUAGUCUAUGAGUACAUGGCAAGUGGCAGCUUGGAGAAACAUCUUUUUCGCAGAGUGGGCUCAACACUAACUUGGUCAAAAAGAAUGAAGAUUGCUUUACACGCUGCAAGAGGGCUUGCUUUUCUUCACGGUGCAGAGAGGCCCAUCAUAUAUCGUGAUUUUAAGACAUCAAAUAUCCUGCUAGAUGCGGAUUUCAACGCAAAGCUUUCAGACUUUGGUCUUGCUAAGGAUGGGCCAAUGGGGGACCAAACCCAUGUUUCAACACGAGUGAUGGGCACAUACGGAUAUGCUGCUCCUGAAUAUGUCAUGACUGGGCAUUUGACAGCUCGAAGUGAUGUGUAUGGCUUUGGGGUGGUGCUACUUGAAUUGCUUAUUGGUAGGAGAGCGUUAGACAAGAGUAGGCCCAGCCGAGAGCAUAACUUGGUUGAGUGGGCACGGCCACUGUUGAAUCAUAACAAGAAACUUCUAAAAAUUUUAGACCCUAAAAUCGAAGGGCAAUAUUCAAGUAAAACCGCAAUAAAGGUAGCUAAUUUGGCAUACCAGUGUCUUAGCCAAAACCCGAAAGGCAGACCCCUGAUGAGCCAGGUAGUUGAAAUUCUUGAAAAUUUUCAGUCAAGUGGGGAAAAUGAGGAAGAACAAAUGAUUCAAAAUGGCAGCAGCAGCCUAACCAUUUAUGAGGUUCCGAAGGGCGGCAAUGGCAAUUCACUUGAAGGCAGGAACCAAAGUCGAAAUGAGCUUCGUAGGAACGAACGAAGAAUAGAAAAAAGCAAGAGUCAGCCUUCAAAUCGUAAUUUAUCCGGUUCUUCAGAUGUAAUGCUCGUUGAUAAAGUCAGCUCGUAAUUGGGUCUGAAUAGUAUGGACGUUAAUGAAAAUUUGUACAAAAUGUUAACAAGUGCAUUUGGUUAAUGGUUGGUAUUUCCAGAUGUUUGCCUGUUGAGUAGAAUUUGGCGAAGUCAAUUAUGUAGCUUGAUCAAUUUUCUUUAUAUUCAUUUUUCCAAUUUUUAUCAACGAAGAUGUUAAUGGGAUUAUUUUCA